AUGGCGCCCGCUGGCGGUGUGGUCUCGGCGUCGCCGCCGCGGACCGCGGCCGGCGCGCCGCGCCUGGUAACGGGUGCUCCAGUCGGGAGCGUUCGGCCUGGCAAGGUCAAGUUGGGCGGGAAAAACGCUGCAGAGGACUCCAACAAGGUUCCAAAGGGUCAAAAGAGGCCCGCUCUGGCGUGGAAACCGAAAAAACGUGCUGCGUCUUCGACGCAACUCGGCCUCGAUGUUCAAGCAGGUAACCCAGCUACGAACCCUACUACUAGCAUGCUUCAGCAAACCCCCGAGGACAUUCAACUCGCCUUGGGGUUCUCCGCCAGCGUCGACGACGCAAUCUCGUCUCAAGAUCCCAACACGCUGCUGGAAGACUAUGAGUCUGAAGACUGCGGCACGGAGUUCGAAGAGCAGCAAACUCGCGCGCAGACCAACGGUAGCUCGGAUGUGGAAUACUGCAGUCUAGACAACGGAAGGAAAUCGACUGCCACGACUGAUGGAAGCCUUUCCGCGGUUGCUUCGAGGGAAACGUCUUUCCCGCCCGAGAGCCGAAGCGUCAGCGCCCUCAUCGUCGAGGACAUCAGCGAAGCCGAAAAGAUGGAAACCGCCGAGUUCGACGCCCCAGGCAUGUCUGCAGCGCUGCGCUGCUACGCGGAAGAACCCGAGUACCCGCGAAGCAACGCUACCGACGCGAGUUUGCAAAGCCACUCCAGUCGCCUCUCCGAGGAAGUCCUCGCGCAACUCAACCAGGCGCAGAAAUCUAUCACCUCGAGCACCAGCCGCGCGCAGCUUCUGCUGGAUCAGCGCCCCGAGGACGGAACCGUGCAAGAUGCGCAAAACUUGGACUACUUGAACGCCUCCUGCGCCCAAAGCGGCGGCCUCCGUCUGGAAGACGUGCUUCAGUUUCAGGGGCCGCUCUCCCCCCAUCGCGAGGACGACGAAGUCAGUUUCGAGCUCUCUGAAGAUUCCGGCGGCAGCGAAAGAGGCCUCUUGACCGAAGCUGAAGAUAAUGAGAUCUGGCGCGCAAUCGAAGCCGAGGGCAGCAGCCAAGUCGUCGACCAGCAGUCUGGUGGUGUCUUUUUCGUCCCUCCGCACGUGGAGCAAAGUCAGGAAAGCGGCAAGCUAUCCGUCAGUGGCGCAACACCAGGCCCCAUGCAACAGUCGCUCAUCGUCGAGGAGCGCCGCGGCAGCAAUGAUGAACCUUUUCUACUGCAACCACACGCUGACAACCCUACGGCCGACUCUCAGGGGCACCAAAAUCGACAGGAGACCUCCGGAAGCACUCCCGCCGGCGCAUCGCCGUCGCUGAAAAAGCCGAAGCCCAAGCAGAAAGAGUCUGGCUCAUCCCCCGCUUGCGGCCGCGCAGCCUCUUCAGUUCUAGUGGCGGGGCCUGCGGCAGUGCAUCCUGCAAAGCCUGUCAACCACAAUGUGCCACGCAACCUCCGGGGCGCAGGCGGAGCGCUAGUAGGUCGCGUCCCGAAGGCCGCCGCGACGCUGAGCAGUCCAGCGCCCGUUCCCCUUGCCCGCGCUCCGUCGCCGCAGGAAAGGCCGCAGCCGUCUAGGGCGCGUUUUGCUGUGUGCCCUUCCUCCGGUGCCCCUGGCCGCGUGUCCGCUGUGCAACUCAUCAAGCAGAUCAGCGGUGCCGCGACCGGGUGUGUGAGCGGGUCGCCGCGACGAGGACCGUCUUGGAAUGAACUGCCGCCUGCAGCCCGCGCACAGAUCAUUGAAAUCCUUCAGCAGCAACGCAUCAUCUUGACGAGUCGCGCUCAAAUCAAAAAGGCCGUGGACGCGAUCCGGCGCGCGUGCGCCGGGAAGGCGCCUCGGGUCUCGGCUUCGGAGUCCACUCCGGCAAGCCGCCAGAGCUCACGAGCAAGCGAGCGCAGCGGAGCCGCAGUCCGGAGGCAUACCCCAGGCGCAGGUUCGCUCGCCUCUUUGACGCCGUCGUGCUCCGCGUCCCAACCCCGUCAGCCGCUGCACCAGACCGCGGCAGGUCGCGGUUCGCUAGGUGCUCGCAGUCGAGCCGUUCUCGGCCCUUCGCAGGGAGGACGCAUGCAGAGCGGCCGCAGCCUGAGACGGAGUGUCUCCGAGCAGCAAACAAGCACUCCAUCGACGGAAAUUGGGGCCCGCUCGCUGGGGGGCGCCCGAGGCCGCGGGACUGUCGGCGUGCCUGCAGCCGGAAGGACGCGGAGCGGCAGCCGGCUGCUGUGUCCCCACGGUCUCCGCUACAAGAGCUUGUGCGCGUUCUGCGGCAGCCACGAUUCCACUCCCAACUCGAUCGCUUCGCGGGGCUUUGCGCAGGUCACCGUCGCCAGUCAGAUGUACGAGAAAGCGGCGCGGAAAAAGUCCAGCUCUAUCGUCGUCAACUGCGCCAGCCGCGGCAGACCCUGGUCCUCCGUCACGGCCGCCCCCAAUAACACUUCAUCUGUCACGACUCUUGCCUCGGACUCUGUGAACGCUGCCAGACAAAGCGUGGGUGCCGCGUCGUGCGUCUCCACCAGCACUGCGAUGAGCCGCACGAGCGUCGGGAGCAAGAGCCUCGACUCCAGCCUAGACCUUCUGCCCGGCGGUCGGAGCAUCGGCGCACCCCGCGGCAGGAGCAGGUGCCCCCGUCGUGCCUCGUCGGGCACCAAGACGUCGAAGACUCCACAAGAAGUCCCUCCAGUCUUUCUCCGCCUGUGGGAGAACGCUCUCGAGAAACAGCGUGCCCGCACCGAGGAUCUGCCUGCCGGCAAGUCGACGAACUCAGGCGUUCCCCGCCACUCCGUGGCAGCAUCCUCAGCAGUUUCUGGCGCCGCAGCAUCCCGGCGGUGUCUGAGUGACGGUCCCGUAAUGGAAGCUUUCGGAGGUGCGUCGCGGGGGCUUGGCGCAGGCCUGGGUCCUGCAGCUGAAGGUGCAGCUCGGUGCGCACGAACUGUCGCGCCCGCGAAAGGCCCCUCGAGCUCGGCUCCAGUUGCUCAGCACCAGCCGCUCGCUGCAAGCGUAGGUGAAGUGAACGUGUCUGCCACGGCCAACCCCCAGCGCCAGCAAGCCAGGCUCGCCAACGUGUCGAUGCAGACACCGCUCUACGCCGCACCGGAUCACCAGCGCCCCGUUCAGACGCUUCCCGCCGGGACUCCUGCGUACCAUGAUGGCCGCCCGUUCAUUCCGCAGAUGCAUGGUCAACAGCCCGUCGUUGCCUCCAAAUCCCUCGGCACUGCUUUCUUCCCUGCGAAUCAAGCACCGUUCUUCCCUCAGGGUGCCCGUACUCCCCCCCCUUCCUGUGCCUCUCUGUCUACAGCACUUGCAGCCCCCCACGGACAACUGACCGGACCCUUGCCGAUUGCAAACCAUCACGCGACUCCGAGCUUCGCCGCCAACGGCGACAUGCCUCAUCCUUCGGCUCUGUACGCUUUGCCGCCUUACCCAAAUCCGGGUAUGGCGAUGCCCGUCCCUGGUCCGUCCUCGGCAGCUACGGCCUAUGGCGCCUCGGUUUCGGCGCCUUUUCGAAGUGUGCCUCCUGUCGCGCCCAACGCUUUCCUUCAGAAUCCGACUCCAGCGUUCCCCAUGUAUCCUCCGCGUGCUCCAAACGGCGCUUCACCCAUGAGUGCUUUCACUCUUCCCCAGACUUCACAGAUGUUCGCCGGCGCGACUUCUCAAUCCGCGUUCUACCCCGCUCCUCAGGCCUUCCCCACGGCGACUGAGCGCGGACAAGGAGGCGGAGAGAGGCCGACAGCGGCUCAAGGAGACGGAAAAGCUGAAGCGAGUGCGGCGGGUACCGAGAGUGGCAUGGAACAAGAUCCCGCAGCAGGCCUCUCCGCGUUCUGCAUAAGCAACCUGCAUAUCGCGUCCCGUCCCAUUCCGCGCGCCGUUGCCGCGAAGCGUCAUCCUUCGGUCGCAUCCAGCAAAAAAGGAGAGGCCUCUGGCGUUUCACCGGUUCGUUCUGACCGCUCGAAGACCGUGAAGACUCCAAAGGGCUGCGCAUGGCAGCUAGACAAGCAGGCCGUAGCGGCUGUUGGUGUCGCGAAGCCGAACAAGGAGGCGCCAGGCAAAGCCGCGGAACAAGUCACCCCAGCGCAGUCUAACGGAAUGGAUUUGACAGCCUCAGGGUCCUACAUGGAUCUCCAGACACAGUCACAGACGAACCAGACGGAGGAGUUGACUCGACAGCAAGCCUGGCAGGCCGCGUGGCAGCGACAGCUCGCUCAGUGGCAGCAGCCAUCAUCAGCCGUUGCAGAGAGCCAAGAGGAUGGAGCAGCUGCAAGGGAGCCUUCGCCUUUCGCGCUUCCUCAGUCGGCGGGGAACCCACCCAUGAGCACGAAUAUACCCAGGAGCCCAAUCGGCCAGCAACGUGCGCAGGAGGGUCUCCCCGCCGGCAACGCAGAUGGUACUCUGGCAACAACCUCUGCCGGAAUCCCCCACAUCUUAUCGUUCUCCUCUUGCGCCCCCCUGCGAGCAUCUCCAUCUCCUCAAAGAGCCGGCUCGCCUUCCUUCGCAUUCCCGAACCCCGCUGGUGGCAGCUCCCCACCUUGGAGCUCGCCGCUUUCUCCCGCUCCGACAGCGUUAUCGCCUUUCGCGACGAAUCCAGGAGUCGCCCCUGCGUCGCCUCCGUCCCCCAUCCAGUCGCCGCAGACGAAAUGGACUCCGGCUCAAGCCUCCCCGCCAGCGGAGUCCCAGGAGUCGGCUUCGGGGGGGUGGCCUGAAGCGGCUGAAGCGAUCGCAAUUUCCAUCGCCGAAGAGAACGGCGGCUACCGUCUGAAUGACGAGGCUGAGAAGGGCGUCGACGAGACCACCCAUUUCGGGCUGUUUCGACGUUCCGCUCGUCCAUCGGUUGCGCCACCUCAGCAUUCGCGCUCGCCUGCGCCUGUGCGGCCUCCACAGAAGAAUGGAGCCUAUGUCGCGCCACAAAGUGUGCCCGCCGCGAAGGCAGGAUUACUUUUUUGUUCGUCUUCGGCUGGAGACGCCCAGAAGGGACAGUCUGGUCCGGUUGUUCCCUCCGGUGUCAGCCACUCCAAGAGUGGGCUCGUGAUGUUCGCCAUGGGAGGACGGCGCGGUGAGAACCAAGUCAGCGGCAUGGUGAGCAUGCAGCACCGCCCUCGGGUCAAUGUGCGUGGGCCUUCGGGACUGGCGGAAGUCCACGCCAUUCAGGGUCUCCAGAGACAAUUUGCUCCCCCAGCGUUUUCCCGCACGCGGCCACUGAAAAGCCAAGGACAUGCUGCAGGGAUCCCCGGUGGAGAGCGAAUGGCGUCCUCGAAUCUUUCCCGCGUCGCCUCUGCAGCGGAUGGGCGUGGUGUUUCGCUGCAUAACUAG